AUGCUUCCAACGUUGGGCCUUACGCUCUCCGCACUCGCGGUGGUUGAUGGCGUUGCCGCUCGCUGUCGUUCACAGCCCGGCCAACCAAACUUCCCUUCCACUGAAGACUGGGCAGCACUGAACGAAACUGUGGACGGUCGAUUAGUGACCGUCGUACCCUCCGCAAAAGCCUGCGCAGACAUGGGAUGCACAGCAGAACAGUGGUCAAGUGCCUUGUUCCGGAAUACCCUGCCGGGGCAGAUGAACGCAUACAACUGGGAACAGAAUUAUACGUCUAACCCAGCCGAACUCUGUCUCUAUAACGACACGAGUGCAUGUUCUCAAGGAGAUGUACCAAUAUACGCCAUCAACGCCACAAGUCCGCAGCAUCUACAGGCGGGCGUUUCGUUUGCGUCACAGCAUGACCUGCGCGUAUCCGUCAAGUCUUCGGGGCACGAUUACCUCGGCCGAUCGACGGCUCCCAACUCUCUCCUCCUGUGGACGCAAUAUUUCCAAGAUAUCGAGUUCACUGAUUCGUUCGCCGUCGGAGGCCAAGACAGGGGCAGUGCUGUAACUGUUGGGAGUGGUGUGGGACUGCGAGCCCUAUACGUUGCUGCGAAAGCUGUCGACAAGAUGGUCGUGGGUGGCACAGCCGCCACGGUGAGCGCCGGAGGAGGCUAUACGCAGGGCGCAGGGCACUCUGGAUUCGGCCCCACCUUCGGUCUUGCCGCAGACAACGUCCUUCAAUACGAUAUUGUGCUUGCAAAUGGGUCUUUCGUCAACGCAAACGACGCCUCAAAUCCGGAUUUGUUCUGGGCUCUCCGUGGUGGUGGGGCUGGAAGCUGGGGCGUCAUCACCUCGAUAACGAUGCAGACGUAUCCCAUCUUCUCAGCAACCCUUCACGUGGCGAAUAUCCUCUUCAACAGUUCAAGCCAAGCCGCCGCAGCGAUGACCGUUCACGCCAAACAUAUCUUCGACUACGAUACCCUGCGUGGCGCUCAGUACUUCUAUCUGUACAACAUCGGCGGCGGUCAGAGUUACCUCUCCAUGAGCACGCUCAUCGCCAAUAUCUCUGCGGACGCUGCGCAAGCGGCUGUCACACCCUUCAUCACGGACAUACAGGCAAUUGGCGCGACUGUGAUCAACCAGACGGCGACGACCGCCAUAGCCAACGACAUCGUUGGAUUCGCGGACGACAAGGCGGGCUACAACACUCUGCUCGGCUCGCGUCUCGUCCCGGCUACUCAGUACGAACGCAAUCCCGAUGCGAUUGGCGCUGCAUACAAGACAUUGCUGGAUCAAGGAGUUGGCUCCAUCCUUGGACAUCUUGUCGCCGGUGGCAAAGUCGCAGAAAACGUCAACAUCAGCUCGGCGAUCCUCCCCAAAUGGCGGACGGCUAAGACCCACGUCAUUGCAACAACGACAUGGAACGACACCACAACGCCAGGUGAUGUCGUAGCGAUACAGCAAAACUUCAUUUCCCAGAUGGUCCCCGUUCUUGCCGCAGCUACUGGAGAGCACGAUAGCGGUUCGUAUUCGAAUGAGGCUAACGUCUUGGAGCCUAACUUCCAGACGACCUUCUUCGGACCGAACUACGCACGGUUGCUGUCUAUCAAGAAGCGAUACGAUCCUCAAGAUCUCUUUAUCGUGCGUGCUGGUGUCGGCAGCGAACGUUGGGACAGCGCGGGUUUGUGUACCCGUGGACCCGCCAAGGACGUCAGUCGCGCUCUCGAUCUCUGGCAAGGAGUUACCCGACUCCAUGUCACGCCCAGCGCGCCGACUUUUGCGGCUGUACGAGAUGCGCAAGCCGACGCGUAUCUGCUUUUGUGUACGCACUACUUGCGUCUCCACGAACUCGAUCCAUCAAUCACCCACAUCGCUUCGGCCGUCGAAGCCGCCGCUAGGGCUGCCACGCUCGGGAAGUACAAGUGGUGCUCGUGGAGGACCGCAAUGGACUAUCGGGGAUUUGCGCGUGCUCUGGAUGCCAGACAGAAGGCGAAGAAGAAGGCUAGGCGGGGUGAACACAUCACAAUCGAUAUUGAGAUCAGGACAGCGGAGGAAGAAGUCGCUUGGGCGAAGAUAGGAUCAGUCUUGUCCGAUGAGAAUAACGCACUCGACCGCAUCACGCAAGAGCACAUUGAGGGCCACAAUAAGCGCGCUGCAGAGAGAAAGCGCUCACGUCUAGGCGCUCAUCACUGUUCACGCCCUGGAUGUGCCGCCACUACGGCUGCUAUCAACGGCUUUCAACGUUGUGCAGGGCGCUGCGUGGGGGAGAAUCAGGCGUACUAUUGCACGAAGGAGUGUCAGAAACAGGACUGGAAGAGACACAAGGACGUCUGCCCAAGGGCGAAUGAGAAGGUCGUGACUAUUCGAAGCCGUGGCGGCGAGACCGUCGACGUCGAUACGACCAACCUAAAGCCUAACCAAGCAGAGAUGCUCCGUCAGUGGUCGGAGGGUGAGAUGGGCGAUCUGGUGUCCGAUCUGAUGUCCGGACCGAUGCCAGAAUAUUUCCAGAAGAUGAUUGCUGAGAGAGGAGUCCCCUACAGCCGAGAGCAGAUUCUGCGAUGUGUUACGGACUGGUUCUGA